AUGGCGAGCUCAUCACCCACGUCGAGGAGCAUGGUGCCGCGCACAGCUCCUGCGUCCGCCACCCAGGACCCUCGCCUCUCCUCGCCGCAAUGGAGCAGCCGACCGCCCCCCUCGGCUCCCACCUCACCGCGUGCCCAGCGCGACAGCAGCUGCGACGCCCUGGUGACGGCACUUUCUGCCAUUCCCAGCGUGCAGUACCGGCUGCAACAGCUCGAGCAGGGCAUGAUCAUGUCCCAGCAUAUCCUCAGUCAGCACGAUAUCGCCUUGAACGAGCACAGGGCCUCGACCGAGCAGGCAAGGGACCUCAGCAGCGACCAAGGCGCCAGCAGAAGCAGCUUCGAUAGCCAGCAGCAAGUCCUCGAGUCCAAGGCCGAAUCGUAUCGCCAGGAACUCGACGCUAAGAUCGAGAGCAGGCUCAAAGCCUUCGACGGCAAGAUCGAAAAGCUGCGCCAGCAUUUCGAGGCCCUCGUCGAGAGCCGCCUCAAGCAGCAAGCCGAGGUCUACGACGCUCAGAUCCAGGAGCUGGCCAGAGAGAACGCCGAGCUCACCAAGCUGUUGGACCAGUACCGACACAUGUUCCAGGAGUCCGAAAGGCACUCUUCCGACCGCGCCACCCAGCUCGAGCACGCCAUACGCGAAGCACACGAGCAAAGCCGUGGCUCUGUUGCCAUCCGAGUCGAGGGCAUGGGAGCCGUCAAAGUCUGCAAUGCAGGCGAGACCGUUCCGCCCGUCGAGACCAAGCUGGCGCCCGACGCCUCAAUGCAGCUCGAUCGCGCUGCCGGAUCCAAAAGCCUGACUCGUCUCACCCGUGCCGAUGCCUCCUCCACGUCGCAUGGCGACAAGCCGACAGCGUCGAGCACAUUUGGCCGCGCAGAGGAAACGACACGCAACGCUCGCCCCGCCGCAACAAGCACAUCGAAUGGAUCGCGGGCCGGGAGAGGCUCUCCGCAGCCACGAGGAAUCGAAGAGCUCAAUGCCGACGGAGAUGCGGAUUCGCGUCGACACCAGCGACCGCGGACGGCUUCCACCGGCUCGGUGGUCUGCGUCGGAGCAGAGAUGCAAUCGGCAACCGGUGCAGCAGACGAAGAGGUCACCUCCAGGGCCGUCCGACCGGCCAGUCUCACCAUCAGCGCGGCAGGCGAGCCAGUGAAGCUUACCGCGAGCAAGCAACAGCGAGAGGCAUCGGCUCUGAGCAAGUCAAGCAAGCUUGAAAAGGAAAGCUUGCAGAACGCCGCGUCUCGCCUUCGGUCCCCAGAAGACACGCGGGCCUCUAGUCCGUCGACCUCCCAGGUCGUGGCUGAUCCGUACCUGGACGACCAUUCGGCAGCAGACCGGGCCUCGCACGACUCUGAGCGCCACGCUGCCGCUCAUCGCCAGAUUCCUCGCCGACCGGCAGACAGAGACUUGGAGCUGUACCGCCCGCUCAUUGCCGAGUUGCUCUACCUCCGGACGCGGGGCUCCUUCGAGCCGGCUCGCUACCAUGUGGCCACCAGCCUUGCGAUGGCUGACCCCAUGGUCUACGCGCGUGCGCACGCCCUGCGCUGGGCCGACUACGCCGCAGACGCUGCAAGGGCCGGCAUCGUUCGGCUCGGCAUGAAGACGGUCAAAGGCACCUGGGUCAUGCUGUCCGAGUGGUUCGAUACCAUCGAAGGGAUCGUCUGGUCGAGGCCCAUCAUCUUCGAAAAUCGGCGCGGUCGGGAGGCCGCACGCCAUGGCUCAGCAGCCACGGGUUACGAGCGUCCAGCAGCUGGAGGUGCCGGAGACUCGGAAAGGAGUAGCGACCGAGGAGUGAUGAUCUAUCGAGCUGCGCUCCGAGUCAGUUCCAGGGACAACCGCUACUAUCCCGUCUUCAUCUGCGAUUCGCCAGCCUGCCCGCGCUCCUUCAUCUCGCGACGCUACGCGGACAACUUGCUGGCGAUGCAGAAGAAGUUGGGAACCGAUUCGUGCAAGAUAAUCCCUCCGGACCCAUCCACGGGUCAGCAAGAGACGUUCUGCGCCAAUGUCCUGGUGCCCUACGCCGGUCACGAGGGCUUCAACAAGAAGCUCUACGACAGGGACGGCGCUCACCUUCCGCUGCGGGGAGCCGAGUUCCUCGUCGUGGAGUCGAUCCGGUCUAUGCCUGGCUUCGAGGACAACAUCGAGGCAUGCCUGGUCAUCUGCCGAGAUAUCCUCGAGCGUUACAACCUCGUCAUCCGAAGUCUGCCCGAGGGCAAGGCCGCCCUUGUCGACGUGACAAGGCAGGGGCUGCUCACCCUCAUCAAGCCGGUCGUUCAGCUGAGCGUGCCGCCCUGUGCGCGCGUUGGCGAGUCUCCCGGUCGCAAGCGCAAGAGCCCGUCCUACGAGGAGGCGAGCCAAGGCUUCAAGUCGAACGCAGGCAAAGGCAGCUCAGAGCAUGCUCCAUCGGUUGGGCCCGCGUCGCGUUGGUCAAAAUCCCCCAUCGAGCGUGGAGAGUCGCCGGUCGGCAAGAGGACCUGCCUGAGCACGGAGCCUGCGAUCGACGCCACUUUCGUUUCCGAGCGACGCAGCGGAGACGCGACAGGCGCAGCCGCAGCGGGCGCUGCUUUGCCCGCCGUCUAUGGUGACUUGGACGAGGAACAACGCCGUCAGUGCCAUACCAAGACUCGUGCCGUCCGCGACGAGAUGGAAGAGGCUCGCCGGAGGUCUCGAGAAUCUUCCUCCCACGAGUCGCCCCGCAAAGCGACCGGCAUCGACCGGAAUGGCUUCGUGAGGGACUUUGACGAAGAGACGCCGAGGCACUUUACCAUCCGCGGUACAGGAAGCGGCAACGUCUGUGCCAGGGCGGAGCCAGCAGAGAGGGCCCCGGAAAGGCAGAUCUCCGUAUCGCUCCCCGACUCCUCGUCUUCGAGCAGGCAAGACGACGCCCACGAUCACUCCGCCUACGGGCACUCCGGCGCCGUUCAGGAUUGA